AUAAGUUGAAGAAUGGGGCCAGGAAAAGUAUUACAUGGAUCCAUGUGUGUGUGUGAGAGUGUGUGUUUUUUGUGAGAGAAGGAGUGCGACCGAGAGAGAGAAACAGAGAGAGAGGGAAGAAUCCAGAGGAAGAGGGAGAACGGUCACAGACAGAAAGGCACUUGUUGAGUGUUUUAGCGGGGGAAACAUCCUCAUUUGUUAAGGUGGGGGAAACAGUUCUCUCCACUUUCUACUUUCAGACUCAGAAGAGUUUAAAACGAGAGCCAGAGGCAGCCAAUAGGAGGGUGAGAAAACAGACGUGGCGAUGCAUCCCUCAGUAGGAACAGUGUAGAGACCAGAGACAGCCUCUAGUGAGGACGACAUGCAACACACUCUGAGCCUCGCGCACGUGGAGGCACGCAAACACUCUGCACAUGCCGAGAGCAGAGCACACACUGGAGGAACCAUGCAGCCUCCAACCCCCGCUGACACGGAGGAGACCAUGAUGGACCCUGUGCAGAAAGCAGUGUUAAAUCACACCUUUGGCGUUCCGCUGGUGAAGACCAAGCGGCCGAUCAUCUCCUGCAACGUCUGCCAGAUCCGCUUCAACUCUGAGAGCCAGGCAGAAGCCCACUACAAAGGGAACCGCCACGCAAGGAGGGUCAAAGGCAUCGAGACGUCCAAGAGCCGGCCCCAGGAGGGGGACAAGCCCCUGACGGCCCCCCCUAUCUCCCCCCCGCCCGGAGGGCCCUUGGGCGGCUCCUGUGACAGCGAACCCAUCCCAGCAGAUGAGUUGGGACCCCUGGCACCAUUAGACCUCCUGGCUCCCGGGCCGCUCCCUCCACUCAACACUCCCCCCACCCCCCCCAUGGACUCCCCCAUCACCGCCCUGUGCCCUCUGCUACACACCCCCCUCCCACCCCUAGUACCCCAGUCCCCCUCCUCCCCAGGAUGCAUCAGCACCAGCGGCGGUGGGGUUCCUGAGCAGGGGACCGGGUCAGGGUCCCUGGGGGCCGCUGCUUCCGUCCCGGCCUCCAGAAGCCCGGACACCGAGGAGGACAAGGCCAAGAAGCUGCUAUACUGCGCGCUGUGCAAGGUGGCCGUCAACUCCCUGUCCCAGCUGGAGGCGCAUAAUAAAGGAACCAAACACAAAACCAUCCUGGAGGCACGCAGCGGCCUGGGCCCCAUCAAAGCAUAUCCCCGCCUUGGCCCCGGGCCCAGUGGAGAGCAGGGCGGGGGGCCGCUGGACCCCAACACUCAGGAACGCACCUUCCACUGUGAGAUCUGCAACGUACGGGUCAACUCUGAACUACAGCUCAAACAGCACAUAUCAAGUCGUAGGCACCGGGACGGCGUGGCCGGCAAGCCCAACCCUCUCCUCAGCCGACACAAGAAGCACAGGGGAGCUGACCUCACGUCUUCUCUGACCUUCACUAAGGAUCUCACCAAAGCUCUGGGGGCUGGGCUCCUGCCCAACCCUUUGGCGGUUGCCGCGGCGAUGGCAGCAGCAGCCUCGUCAAACUCCCUGGCCCUGCGUGCGGCCGCGCCCCACCACCACCUGCACCACCACCCGCACCACCACCCGCACCACCACCUCCUGCAGGGCCCGCACCUCAGCCACGCCCUCCUGAGGGCCGCCCCGGGCCCCAUCCGCACCGCGCACGGGCCCAUCCUCUUCUCGCCAUACUGA